GUUGAGGCAUUUGCAAUUACGAAAAGCCGUGUUGUAAAAUUUCCUGUGCCAAUUUUUCGAGUAUAAACUCCCACGUUUACCUUGUUAUUACGGUUUAAUUCUAGCAUUCUUUUGACCAAAGUGUUUCCUCUCAGGAAUAUUUGCAGCUACACAAAGAGAGAAUUCCAGAUGUAAUUUGUAGGCUGAUUAGAAAGAUCUAUGAAAUAAACUAUUUGAUGCUGCAUCGGGUGCUAGGUUUGGCGUUGAUCGCAAUCGCCGACCCUCCGACGCCACUUUUGCUCCAAAGCCAACAGAGUUCACUUCUAUCGAUGCAUCAUGAUGAUUAUCCCAUCCCGGCCCCUACCGAAGAUAUUCCUGACCAGAUACGAGAAGAUGCCAUCAAAUCAUUUGCCACAUAUCUUGGGAUUCCUGGAAAUUCAAACGUAUUGGACAAUUGCCUCUUAUUUAUAUUUGAUCCAGACCAGAGGCCGAGGGAGGAAAUCCUUACUGGACAUCCUGUCAUCGACAAUGAAAACAUCAAGUUUAAGUAUAUAUUCAAGGGUCAGGUAGAACUCUACAGAAUCAACUCCAAUCUUCAGGAUGACAAUGACGCUGAUACUGAAGCCAUUUUAACACAUGAAACCUUAUACAUCCUCUUUCCUGGCGAGGGGGUCGGAGGUCUUUCCACAUUUGCAGAAGUGGACAAUUUCCUAUUUAUGCGUAUAAUUCGUCGAACAAUUAUUGUUGCAACUACACAGAAAAUUAAUCAGAGACUGUUCCAACAAUAUCCAUGCGCAAUUCUUCCGAUGGCUAAUCAAAUUAUAAAACGCCUGUCACCAACAAUUCGUAAAAUGGACUUUGGCCUAGAAUGGGCAAUGGCUGAGGGAGGGAAAGCUUUGUUUGUGACUGGGAGCGAAGUUCGAGACACAUUUGUGGUCCUUGAGGGCAGAUUAAGAUCAUACAUGAUUGAUCCAAAAGGAAAACUGACCUACUACGGCGAAUACGAAAGAAAUGACUGGAUAGGACUUGUGGAAGCAUUGGUUAGAUAUCCAGUUCGCAGCAAGACCGUCAUAGCCGUUAGAGACACUGAAAUUUGCAAAAUUCCCAUUGAUUUCAUCACCUUUCUGAAAACUACAUUCGAUGCUGCGGCAUUCAGUCUUCUUGGAUAUAUCGGUCACCGAGUUGGGAAAUAUCGAUUUUACACUCAGUCGUUGAAAUUAUCUCCUGAAAUGCAAUUAGUUGCAGGGACCUCGCGACGAUGUGCAUCAUUGAGUCUGAUCCCGGCGAUUGAAGAUAUGCCCUACAUCCCAUUUGCAAAGGAGAUAAAAAUGCACCAUGACAUAUUCGGUCCAUCAGUGGUUUUGUCAUGGAUCACAGUCCAAGAAGAGUUUAAUCUGGAAUUUUUGGAUUACGAUCAUGAAUAUAUGGUGGAAACUUGGGUACUGUCAAUGUUGGCUCGACAUGAUCUCGUAAUCUUUGUGUGUUCCAACGAAAGCUUGCAAUGGACAGAGUAAGCAAUGGCUCAUGUGCAUGUUAAAUAUUUAUUUGACUAUGUAUUAAUAACACUCAGCUUAUUUUAUUUUAAAAUGUCGACUCGUUCUUACGUUUUGCAGUUUGUGUAUUAGACAUUCUGAAAUAAUUAUUACACUUGGAGUUCAAGAUCGACCGAUUGAUGCUACCAAAGUAUUUAUCAUUUAAUUUAGCUUGACGUACGUACAAAUGAGUUUAUUAUUUUGUGUCCAGCUUGAAAAAAUGAUGAUCAGUAAGCAUAUUUCACAUCGGAAAAGAAAGGAGUUAGUAAUUUUGCACAAGUUGGAAAGAGAUGAAAGACACAAUCGAUAUCAGCUCCCUCGGGACA